GAGUAUAUAAGUGGGUCACAUUUUCUCAUUGACAUUGACUGCAAUUGUUCAUCAUUUCAAGUUGUUUUCUGGAUAUAAUUAUCAUCAUGAAGGUUUCAGUGAUUGCCACUGUGGCUCUGCUAUCUCUCCUGGCUGUGGCCUCUUCUGCUCCUCAUCGUCUGCAAAAAGAUAACAACAUAGUUGGCAACCGAAAGGUCGAGAAACAGGGAUACUACAAGAAUGCUGAACAGGCCGACGAGCAGGGAUACUACCAGAAUGCCGACGAGCAGGGAUACUACCAGAAUGCCGACGAGCAGGGAUACUACCAGAAUGCCGAUGAGCAGGGAUACUACAAGAAUGCUAUGACUGAACAAAACGGUGGCCCCUCCGUUCGUGAGCAAGGCUAUUAUAAGCAGCUGAUGGAUGCCCUCAAGCAACAAGAUGGCGGCCCAUCUGUUCGUGAGCAGGGCUAUUAUAAGCAGCUGAUGGAUGCCCUCAAGCAACAAGAUGGCGGCCCAUCUGUUCGUGAGCAAGGCUAUUAUAAGCAGCUGAUAGAUGCCCUGCAGCAAGGAUACUAUCAAGCUGAUGAGCAGGGAUACUACAAGAAUGCUAUGACUGAACAAAAAGGUCCCGGCGUUCGUGAGCAAGGCUAUUAUAAGCAGCUGAUGGAUGUCCUCAAGCAACAAGAUGGCGGCCCAUCUGUUCGUGAGCAAGGCUAUUAUAAGCAGCUGAUGGAUGCCCUCAAGCAACAAGAUGGCGGCCCAUCUGUUCGUGAGCAAGGCUAUUAUAAGCAGCUGAUAGAUGCCCUGCAGCAAGGAUACUAUCAAGCUGAUGAGCAGGGAUACUACAAGAAUGCUAUGACUGAACAAAAAGGUCCCGGCGUUCGUGAGCAAGGCUAUUAUAAGCAGCUGAUGGAUGCCCUCAAGCAACAAGAUGGCGGCCCAUCUGUUCGUGAGCAAGGCUAUUAUAAGCAGCUGGAUGCCCUCAAGCAACAAGAUGGCGGCCCAUCUGUUCGUGAGCAAGGCUAUUAUAAGCAGCUGAUGGAUGCCCUCAAGCAACAAGAUGGCGGCCCAUCUGUUCGUGAGCAAGGCUAUUAUAAGCAGCUAAUGGAUGCCCUCAAGCAACAAGAUGGCGGCCCAUCUGUUCGUGAGCAAGGCUAUUAUAAGCAGCUGAUGGACGCCCUGAAGCAACAAGAUGGCCCAGUUCGUGAGCAACACUAUUAUCAGCAGAAGGAUGCUCAGAUGCAACAAGAUAUCCCAACUGAGAAGACACCAGGAACAGAUGCUCCGAUGCAAAAAGAUGGCUCAGUUGAUGAGCUACUGCUAGCAGUUGUGCAGUCCAUGCUGGAUGAGUGAGCAAAAGUAAACCAGCCGAAUACGAUAAACCAACAAGAACACAUAAUAGUAGAACACGUUAGAAAUUGUAGAACACCUUAGAGCAAUGCAAUAUAUCACCUAAUUAUUGUUAGAAACAAUUGACAA